AUGGCCUUCGAAGAACUUCUACAGUACGUCGGCGACAGUGGGAGGUUUCAGAUUUCGAAUGUGAUCGUGUCUUUGCUUUUAAUUUUUAUGACAUCUUCUCCUGACUUCAUGGAGAAUUUUACAGCCGCAAUCCCAUCUCACCGUUGCUACGUACAACUCCUUGACAACCUCACAUCUGAAGCCAGCAUGUCUGCAAACCUUACCACUGAAGCCCUACUGAGAGUAUCCAUCCCAAUGGACCCAAGUCAGAAACCAGAGAAAUGCCAUCGGUUCCGCCAGACACAGUGGCAACUCUUACAUCUCAAUGUGUCAGACAUCAAUAACAUCCAGCUGGAGACAGAGCCAUGCCUGGAAGGAUGGAUAUAUGACCAAAGUGUUUUCAGUUCUACCAUCAUAAUGGAGUGGAAUUUAGUGUGCAAAUUUCAGUCAUUCAAAACCUUUGCCCAGGCCAUCUACAUGGCAGGGUAUGUGGUGGGUACUCCUCUAUUUAACAUGCUUUGUGACAGAUUUGGACGGAAGCCACUGCUGCUCUUUUGUUGCGUGAUGUGUGGCAUCUUGGGCACCUGCUGUGCAUUUGCCCCCGUGUUUUCCGUUUACUGUGUUUUGAGGUUUCUGUUUUCUGCCUGCUUGGGUUCACUUCAAGCAAAUUGCAUCGUGCUCCUUAUAGAAGAGACAUCAUCCAAAUGGCACUCCACAAUUCUCAUGGCCUAUGGAAUCUGUUUUAGUCUGGGGCAGGCAUCGCUUGGAGUAAUAGCUUAUGCUAUCCGCGACUGGCACAUGCUCCAGCUGGCAAUAUCCGUGCCUUUCCUCAUUCUCGCUCUCUUUUUGUGCAUGGUCUCAGAGUCCGUGCGUUGGCUCAUCGCAACAGGAAGAACAGAACAGGCCUUAAAAGAACUUAAGAGAAUUGCCUAUAUGAAUGGAAAAAAAGAUGUGGCACAAAGUUUGACGGCUGAGCUCAAUUUAGAAUGUGCAAGAGUGUUUUCGGCAUUUUUCAGUACAUAUGGCAUCAUGUUGGACAUUAAGAACUUGGGGGAGGACUUAUUCCUGUCUCAGUUUCUACUUGGGAUGACUGAUGUGCCUGCCAGAUUUCUUACAUUGUUUUUGCUAAGACAUGUUGGUCGUCGUCCUUCAAUAGCUUUUUUGUUUCUUGUGUCUGGAGUUGGGAUUAUAGUCAACAUAUUUGUGUCCAAAGAUAUGUCCACUUUGCGUUUCAUUAUUUUUAUCCUGAUAAAAGCAUCUCUUGCAUCAUUUGUAGUUAUAUAUAUGGCUUUCUGCAAUGAAAUUAUACCAACAACGCACAGAAUGAGUCUACAGAGUAUUUUUGCGAUUUCUUCAAGAUUAGCAGGAACGUGUUCUGCUCUAGUCCUUGCAACAAAAAGUUACUUUGUGCACCUGCCUAUGAUUCUUUAUGGGAUCUUUUCCAUAGCAGCUUCAGGAUGUGUCUACUUACUCCCAGAGACCUUUAGGCUUCCACUUCCUGACACCAUCGAAGACAUAGAGAAAAGAAACUCCAGCAAAUCCCCAAUUAGACCAACAACCAAUUCCUUAUCAGAAAUCCUACAGGUUAGGAGAGAAUGGAGAAACGUGGACCAAAUCCUAAAAGGCGGAAAGCAAAACCCAUCCACCCAGAAUGUGUACCCUGAAAAGCUGUCCUUUAUAAACAACAGUGAGGUGAUGAAGGGCAACUGGAAAAUGCUGGUGGCACUUGUCCAGGGAGUCCCAAGGGCAUCUGCCAGGGUCUUGAAGGAGUGCCCUCCUUACAAUCACCCUGGCUUCCUUCUGGGGGGCUACUUCAGUAUGACCCCCCAAAAGCAGCUUUGUGCUGCCUCUGAUCACGCAGGAUCGUUUAUUAAUUCCUUGCCUCUCACCAAAUUGCCUGCCUCCAUCCCUAAAUUGACAGUAGAGGGCGCUGGAGGGAUACUGUCGGGAGAUGGGGCUUUUGUCCUGGACAUGCUUUGCUUUUGCUCCGGGGAUCUGCUUGACACUGAGACUCAGAGCCAAUGCUUGGUGGAUUUUAACUGCACUGUCACAGCUGCUUUCACAGCCCAGCUGGCUUUCCUGGUGGUGCUGCAGCACCACUCACAGGCAGCUUCCCAGCAAACAAUAUAG